AUGAUUUCGAGACGAAGAAGUUGCACAUUAAGCAGUUAUGAUGGAACGAACAGUGAUGAACAGCAAUCGGAGACAGACGAAAACAGAACAAUGUCAUCCUCGUCAAUUGUUCAAGUAAAGAAGAAUUAUAAAAAAUGGACGAAAGAGGAAGAUCAAAAGUUACGUGAAGGUUGUGAACGUUUUGGUGAAUAUAAUUGGAGUCAAAUAGCUAAUCAUGUUGGUGGUCAACGGACGGAGUCGCAAUGUCAGCAUCGGUGGGAUCGUGUUUUGAAUCCAAGUAUUGUAAAAGGGCCAUGGACAAGCGAAGAAGAUAAUAAAGUCCGUGAUUUAGUAGAAAAAUAUGGUCCACGUCAAUGGAGUUUAAUUGCAAAACAUUUGACAGGACGAGUUGGAAAACAGUGUCGCGAACGGUGGCACAAUCAUUUAAAUCCAAACAUCAAUAAAGCACCAUGGACAGAUAAAGAAAAUUUACUUAUUUAUGUUUUACAUAAACGCUUAGGUAAUAAAUGGGCUGAAAUAGCACGUUAUCUGAUGGGUCGUUCUGAUAAUGCAAUUAAAAAUCAUUGGAAUUCAUCAAUGAAAAAAAAGUUUCAAUUAGAAGAAGAAAAUUUGACUAAGCAAGGUCUCGAUUGGACAGCCAUGUUACCACCUGAUUUUAAAUGUCCAGUUCCACUGCAGUCAAUCUGUUCAUCGCCGUUGAAUAAUAAGACAUCAGUACCAUCUUCACCGAGAACACCAUUGGGUGUUUUGACAAAUAAUUGUCGACAAGGCUAUCAGCAUACUCAAACGGAUUCACCGCUCGCUCAAAACAUGAACACGGCACGAUCAACUUCUUUACCUGUUGGCCGACAUAAUUCCUACUUAUUUUACGAUUAUGAUAUUAAUAAUCGUUGUCCACAAACAUCAAAUAAACAACCAACGUUUGGCGAUCAUAUAUUGUUUGGGAACAACAAUAUAAACAGUGAUUCAUUUUCGAUGGAUUUUUGUGUAUUGAAUAAUGAUGAAACUGUAAUGAUCAAAGAUGAAGAUAAAUUUCCACUGAUAUUAAGUCAACAAAUUGGUUCAUCGUCCACACAUCGUUGUAAAUCACCGAAUACCAAAUCAAAUUCGUCGUCACCAUCCAAAAAUAAAGUUUUAAAUACACCAAAACGGUUGGACCAUAGUCAAAAAGAAAAUUUUACUACUAUACGAAAACGACGAAUGAUUCAUAAACCAUUGCGUAAUUUAACCAACAAUGAAGUCGACAUAAACCGAAAAACAUCUUCGUUAUCAUUAUCAUCGAGCUUAGUUACCGAUCAAGAACAAGUAACAAUUAAAGCACGAAAACGUCAAAAGACACGUUCACAAUCUCCAACGCCACUAAUUCAAUUCGAUUCAUCGAAAAAAUUAAAAAGUUUAUUUGGUGUAUGUUGA